AUGGGUGGAGGUGGUGGUGUUAAUAGCCACCCUGUUGGGAGUGGAAUACGCCAUCAACAACCACGGCAAAACGAAUCUUUACACCACCAAGUAACUUUCUCUGAAGCUCCAAAUUAUAAAAUAAUUUAUUUGGUUGCUUUAAUUAUUGUUACUUUAUUGUUAAUUUCUUUAAUUGUUAUCAUUGUUGUUUUGUUGGCUACAAAGAGAGGUAGACUUAAUUUAAAUUUAUUUUUGCUGCUUGAUCGGACUGUAAAAUGUAGCCAGCCUUCGCCGAAAUUGGGUCGGUUAAUCAAAAUUUUUUUCGGAUCGGGAAUAAAGUUCGGGCGAAACACGUCACUACUUAACAACACGUGA